UGAUUUUAUCUUAGCGUAGUUACUGAUGUCUGCUAAUGUCCCGUUGUAUUUAUUCCGCCCCUUGCGUUGGCGUGGCUUUUAUUUUUAAAGCAGAACCCGGAAGUCGCGACGUCUUAUUCCGGCUAGCUGGACGCUCGACAACCCCAAAGCGCCUUAUGCUUGUUAAGACUUGAACGUGUUUUCCCCAUGUUUGCGAGAAUUUGUUUCGGCAAAUGCACCGAUAGACAAGGCUCGGGAACCAGGAGGGAUUUUUCAUCGUGAAUAUUUUUUAAUUUUUUUUUUGUCGUAUCCUGAAGACACCGGGCGUUCGUAUCCAUUUCAAGACACAGACACACACACACAACAUCGUCCCCCCGGUCCUGUGAUACAGGUGCUGUUGCCGUCCUGUGACGGAUUUAUCCUCUCAGCUGCUGGGCGAUAGGAGGAGAGGAAGCAGAGAUGCCGAAACCGAUCAAUGUACGUGUGACCACCAUGGACGCGGAGCUGGAGUUUGCCAUCCAGCCGAACACCACCGGGAAACAACUGUUUGACCAGGUGGUGAAGACGGUGGGUUUGCGGGAGGUGUGGUUCUUCGGCCUGCAGUACAUGGACAGCAAAGGCUACACCACCUGGCUCAAACUCAACAAGAAGGUGACCCAGCAGGACGUGAAGAAAGAGAACCCGCUGCAGUUCAAGUUCAGAGCCAAGUUCUUCCCUGAAGACGUGUCAGAAGAGCUAAUCCAAGAGAUCACUCAGAGACUCUUCUUCUUGCAGGUCAAAGAGGCCAUCCUGAACGACGAGAACUACUGCCCCCCCGAGACGGCCGUGCUGCUGGCUUCGUACGCCGUCCAGGCCAAGUACGGGGACUACAGCAAAGACGUCCACAAGGCCGGGUACCUCACCCACGACAGACUGCUGCCUCAGAGAGUCCUGGAACAGCACAAGCUGACUAAGGAGCAGUGGGAGGACAGGAUACAGACUUGGCACGAGGAACACAAAGGAAUGCUCAGAGAGGACUCCAUGAUGGAGUAUCUUAAAAUCGCCCAGGACUUGGAGAUGUACGGAGUCAACUACUUUGAGAUCAAAAACAAGAAGGGCACGCAGCUGUGGCUGGGCGUGGACGCCCUUGGCCUCAAUAUCUACGAACACGAGGACAAGUUGACGCCGAAGAUCGGCUUCCCCUGGAGCGAGAUCCGAAACAUCUCUUUCAAUGACAAGAAGUUUGUCAUCAAACCUAUUGACAAGAAAGCACCCGACUUCGUGUUUUACGCCCCGCGGCUGCGCAUCAACAAGCGCAUCCUGGCGCUGUGCAUGGGCAACCACGAGCUGUACAUGAGGAGGAGGAAGCCCGACACCAUCGAGGUGCAGCAGAUGAAAGCUCAAGCUCGGGAGGAGAAGCACCACAAACAGAUGGAGAGGGCCCAGCUGGAGAACGAAAAGAAGAAGCGGGAGCUCGCCGAGAAGGAGAAGGAGAGGAUAGAGCGAGAGAAGGAAGAGCUCAUGGAGAGGCUGAGACAGAUUGAAGAGCAGACGAUGAAAGCUCAGAAAGAGCUGGAGGAACAGACCCGUCGGGCGCUGGAGCUGGAGCAGGAAAGAAAGAGAGCGAGGGAGGAGGCCGAGCGCCUGGAGAGGGAGAGGCAAGCAGCCGAGGAGGCGAAGGCCGAGCUGGCCAAGCAGGCCGUCGACCAGCAGAAGACUCAAGAGCAACUGGCCGCCGAACUGGCUGAAUUCACAGCAAAGAUCGCUCUGCUCGAAGACGCCAAGAGGAAGAAGGAGGAUGAGGCCACCGAGUGGCAGCACAAGGCGCUGUCGGCCCAGGAGGACCUGGAGAAGACCAAGGAGGAGCUGAAGACGGCCAUAACGCCGACGGCCGCGCCCCCGGGAGGCCACGAGCACGACGAGCAGGACGAGAACCACGCGGAGGCCAGCGCCGAGCUCUCCAACGAGGGCGUCAGCCAGCUCGACCUCCGCAGCGAAGAGGAGCGCAUCACCGAGGCCCAGAAGAACGAGAGGGUCAAAAAGCAGCUGCAGACGUUAACCUCGGAGUUGGCCGAGGCGAGGGACGAAACCAAGAAGACCCAGAACGACGUGCUGCACGCGGAGAACGUGAAAGCGGGCCGAGAUAAAUACAAAACCCUGCGCCAGAUCCGCCAGGGCAACACGAAGCAGCGCAUCGACGAGUUCGAGUCCAUGUGAGGGGGAGCGCCUGUGUCCCUCGCUCCUUUUUUUUUUUUUUUUUUUUUUUUUGGGUCGGGCGCGGGGGGGGUUUACCUGCUCUCGAACUUUCCCCUUUUAACGGCUGCUCCAUUUUCACGGACAACAGAUGCCGCCGAGUUCAGAAAUCAUCUUGUCAAACUUUGCCAAAGUCCCGCCCCCCCCCCCUCACAUCUCCACUUUGUCUGUGAUCCAGAGCUGCUGCUCACCCGCCACUCUCAACACGCAGAGCAUCAUCGUACUGCGUUUGUAAACCGUGAGUGCAGGGGAAACGAGGAACUGUCAAACCAAAAUGGAACAAAUCGAUUUAUUUUUCAUGUUGAGUUAACAUGGCCAUAGAAAGCUAAUUUUCUUUUGUUGUUUUUGCUCGACAGCGUGUAUGAAAAGCUUUAGCACGAGUCCGCGUCUUCAGUUAAACAUCACCUUUCCACCUCUUGUUUUUAAGUUCUUCCUCUCUACUUUUGUUCGACUCAUUUUAUCGAUCACGCCCGCACGUUUUUAAGUCGUCUGUCGAACGCGUCGGGCGAGGCCACUGUUUUUAUUCGCCGAAGCUCUUCUGCGUCGCGUCGUAUCGAAACAUAUCUAGCUAGAUGGGUCGUUCCGCUCUAGGUUUAUACAGAAAAACACGACACUGCAGUAUUUUAAAAGCUCCAUUAGGCCGACCAUCGCGAGUGAAGACGAAGUGAAUUGACCCUCGUAGAGGAAAGAGCCACGCGACUUGUCCCACGGCAGGUUACGACAAACGAAUGUAGCAAAGGUAACAAAGGGAAAGUUUCUUUUUUUUUUUUCUUUUUAAAAACAUGCAGAGGACAAAGGAUGGCAUGUAAUCAGGUUGUGCCACUGAGCUGUCGCCCUCAAGCUUAAAAAGUAUUAUGAAGAUAAGCUAAUUGGUAGUUGUGUGUGUGUGUGUGUGUUUGAGAGAGUGUGUAUCUCAGUCCAGUUGCAUCCCAGUGUUUCAUUCCUGGUCACCAUAGAUGGUUUUCUCUGCCCACCAGCUCACAAAGGAACCCAGGGAAUUAAAACGGGCGGACAGACGAACUGCCCGUUUGUUUGUCUGUCUGCCCGCGUCCGGUCGAUCGAGCGUUUGCUGCGGCUUGCGUGUUUGUGAGUGUGCGUAUACAUUGGCGGCGUGGAAAAAAAAAAAAAAAAAGAGGCCUGGCACCUCUCUGGCUGGGGAGCUUAUGAAAACAUCGGUCCCGACCCGGGACGGAUCUCUACCUCAGUAAUAAUAGCAGUGGUGACUGACAGUCAAACACUCAGGGUGUUUCCCCGAACUCCAAAAAUAUUAAAAAAUAAAAAACGAGAAGGUCAUGAUUUUUCUUGGUUUCUGUUACGUCUGGUCAGAGCUCAGUUUUUUUUUUUUUUUUUUUGGUUGGUUAAAAUUUGUGAUUUAUAUGAAAUGUACCUCCCGGAGCGAAAGAUUCUUCCAUUAGCGCUAGUCCUCCUGGCCUUGUUCAGACGUGUGUGUGCUUUUCAGACGACUUCACAUUUAGUUUGACAAAUAUCGGAGGCGUUUUCAGAAGAUGGCUCCCUUUGUCACUAACAGUCCCCGUGAGGCGUUCGGGUUCUCGCGCGGAGCCGCGAGUUGUUGGUGGUGACAGUUAAAAAAAAAAUGGCCUUAAGUGUCCGCUCUGAACCUCCGCUCUUCCGGCUCCACUUUAAGGAGACGAGUCAUAAAGAGAUGAGUUAAUGUGAACGGACCUCGGAAACGGAGUCGAACCGAUAGCCGGCCAGUUUCUACCCCUGAAAUCUUUAUAAAUUCUAACAGACAACGAGCGAGUUUCAUGUGGUGGGAAAAAGGUGCAUUUUUUUGAAAUGAGUGAACAUUAAGUUUCCUUUUUUUUUAUUAUAAUUAUUAUUAUUAUUAACAAUACGAUGAAAAAUGUUUAUGGUAUUAUUUGCUUUACUUGACAGCUGGUGUAGGUUGAUAUUUUUUAAUAGUUUUAAAGUUAAAGCACUUGUAUGGAACGCGACGCUGAAGCCCGCCUUUUGUGUUUAGCUUCAGCGUCCGUUGUUAGUAUUGUGUUUGCCAUAGCAGGUCAAGAAAACGAUCCUGUGCUUCCAGCUCAUAUUUUUGCAUUGUGUUCCAAGACCCUAAACCAGCGGCGCGCAUCACUGUAUUACACGGCUUCAUUGGAGGGGAAAACUCUAGCUGACGUGUCCCCCCCUCCCUCCCUCCACACUCUCCACGUUAGACCGCUAAGGCUUCAGUUCGUCUGCCUGUCCCCUCCAAUGAAGGCGGCUCCGUGGUGACGCCUGCUCUGGCACCAGCUGUCACGUUUUGCUUCGCUUUUGUUUAUUUUUUCCAUCCUUAUGUUCAUCUUAGUAUUCUUUAAGAUAGAAGGCACAGGUGGAUUGCAGUCCAUUGGUUCCCAAAUAAAAAGUUUUAAAUUUUGA